AUGAACCCACUUCUGAUUGAGCCAGCAGAAGACAGGGACGGAGUAGUUAGAUGGGCAACCGAUCUCUUUAGACAGGAAUGCCGGGCUAUUGAAGCCUGUCAAGGACUUACACCCUAUACUCCACAGUUUUAUGGCAGUGAAGAACUUCGCCAGGAUAUGAUAUAUGAAUUUCCUGGCGGUUAUCUACAUGUCUUGGCUAUGUCACGAGUUUGUGGAUCUCCCGUGCCAGAGAUCAAGGACUUAACAGACGCCGAACGAUCGCUCAUCAAGUCGCAGCUUGUGGAAAUUCUCGAAUUUUUUCCCCCCUUUCUUCCACUGGCAAGAAAAUGCGUCAGCACGGAUGGAGAUAUUCCCACGGCGAACCAGAGCAGAUGUUCUUUGAUCGGGCUACUCGCCAAACGUUUUGGACAUGUAAAGCAGAUUGAGGAUCCCACCCUCUAUGGACCAAUAACAGAGUCGUCUUAUGUUGUCUGGGAAUUCGGCCUCCCAUCUAUCUAA